AGAAGACAAAUGCAUCUUACAGAAUGAAUUCGUGUGCGAUCUAUUUUUCCCAGCUACGGGCGAUGCUCGUGAGAAAUCUCUUGCUGAAGAAACGCGAGAAGCGGAAGACGAUGGCGGAGAUCUUUCUACCUCUUUAUACUCUUGGGAUUUUGAUCGUGGUAAAAGUCUUGAUACCAAACCCAAACUAUCCUGCAAUGACGACACAGAGGCACGAAGGAGACAUAUUCAAAUUAUUCAACGGUCACAAAAAUAAUACGAUUGCCGUGGUGCCCAAUUCUACGGAGACCCUCAGCUUCUUAAGUUCGAUGAACACUCUUUGGCUCUCAAAAUGGGAUUAUCCUGAUAAACAUCCUUUAAACUUCAUGGUGUUCGAUACGAAGGAUGAUCUACAAGCAGCGUACUGGAGAGAACCUUAUAGUGUACCCUUGGCAGUUAUUUUUGAAGAUUCUCAACCGAUAUCACGGCGUCUUAUGUAUGAAAUUAGAACAAAUCCUUCGCACACCUCACCGCCUUCGCCGACUGAAUUGUACUCUGCUCCGGUCACUUGCCGGAAGGAUACUAGCCACUGGAUGGGCGGCGUUUUAUCAAUAGAGACCGGUGGAUCCUGUCCUGUCAAUAAUUAUUUGCAGUCCGGCUUUUUGGCCUUACAAGUGAUAAUGGAUAUCACAAAAAUAAGAUUAGAUACGGGAAAUCCUGAUAUAACUGUGCCGGAUAUUAAACUCGUAAUGUUUCCUAAGGAAGCAUUUACGGCAGAUUGGAUGUUAGCCUUCAGAGUUGUUAUUCCGCUCUACAUGGUCUUGGCACUUUCACAAUUCAUCACUUAUCUCCUGAUCUUAAUAGUUGGCGAAAAAGAGAAUAAGAUUAAGGAGGGGAUGAAGAUUAUGGGCCUAACUGAUUCUGUGUUUUGGUUGUCGUGGUUUAUUAUCUAUAGCAUAUUUGUCUUAGCACUCUCCGCUGUUGGAGUGGUGUUACUCUUCACUUUGCAGAUGUUUCAACACACGCAUUUUCUGCCGAUAUUUCUUCUGGUGGUGCUAUACAGUUUUUCUGUGAUUAUGUUUGCCUUCAUGAUCACGCCAUUCUUUGAUAAAUCACGUACGGCUGGUGUCUUGGGCAACUUCGCUGUCACGAUACUGAGUCUGAUGUAUUUUAUCCAAGUGUUCGUAGAUGAUUCCAGUUCGAUUUCGUUUUGGUUGGUUUCUUUGCUCAGCCCAACCGGAGUCGCUCUGGCGAUGGACAAGGCUCUGGUACUGGAUCUACAGGGCGAGGGAGUGAAUUUUGACAACUUAUGGUCUGGCCCUGGAAUACCUUUUGGUGGUAGUCUCAUCAUGAUGACUUUGGAUAUUUUUUUGUACGCUUGUUUAGCUUACUACCUCGACUCUGUGAUACCAAGUGAGUACGGAACGAAAAGGCCACCUUGGUUUUGUUUCGUACCUAGAUUUUGGUGUCAGAGAAAAGUCCAAAGAGUACCAUCAUCAAAUGGUGAAUCAAAUUCUUUCAUUCCGGGCGAAGAGGCAAAUCGCGACGUCGAACCGGUGGUGCGCGAGAUGAAAGGCCGUGAGGCAAUCAGGAUAGUUGAUCUAUACAAAUCAUAUCACAAAUGCAAACGUGUGGAGACCAAAGCGGUUAAUGGCAUCAAUUUGACGAUCUACGAGGGCCAGAUCACCGCAAUCCUUGGUCACAACGGAGCCGGCAAGACCACCCUUUUCAACAUCCUUACUGGCCUGACUGCACCCACCUCCGGUACUGCUCUCAUAUUUGGUUACGACGUGCGUGACUCUAACGACAUGCGGGCGAUACGCAGUAUGACCGGGGUUUGCCCACAACACGACAUCCUUUUCGAUCUACUGACGCCGCGCGAGCAUCUUGAGUUCUUUGCUGCGGUGCGCGGCAUUCCGCGUUCGAUGAUACAACACGAAGUGAAAAAAACCUUAAAAGAUAUCGAUUUGCUCGAAAAAGCGGAUACUUUUGCGAAGUAUCUAAGUGGUGGACAGAAGAGAAAACUGUCUGUUGGAAUCGCUAUCAUCGGCGAUCCCAAGAUCAUUAUCCUCGACGAGCCUACUGCCGGAGUGGAUCCUUAUUCGAGAAGACAAAUGUGGUCAUUCUUACAGUCAAGACGGCACGGAAAGGUGAUCUUAUUGACGACUCAUUUUAUGGACGAGGCGGACAUACUCGCCGAUAGAAAAGCGGUAAUCAGUAAAGGAAAACUCAGGUGUUGUGGCAGUUCGUUGUUCUUGAAGAAUAAGUUUGGCAUUGGAUAUCACUUGACAUUGGUCCUGGAAGGUAAUGCCAGGGAGCACGCAAUUACUCGGUUAGUGAUGUCACACGUAAGCAAAGCAGAGAAAGCAAGACGUCACGGUCGCGAAUUGAGCUUUAUUCUACCUCAUAAUUCUGUAGAGAGCUUUGCGUCCUUGUUUUCCGCCAUUGAGCACGAAAUCAAGAUCCGCUCGAGUCGACUCGGCAUCAGUAGCUAUGGUGUAUCAAUGACUACCCUAGAGGAGGUGUUUCUGCACUUGGAGAAGGACGAGGAAAUCGAGUGUACGAUGGACAACUUGUCGAAAAAGAUGGUGCGCAAUCGUGCACUUAGUCGAUCGUUAUCGUUGCAAUCCAAAAGUACAUCGUACCAAAGUUUGCAGAACGAGGGAGUAACCGUACAAGGCGACAGCCAAGGAAAGACGAGCGAAUUACCGGAUGGCGUUCAUAAUGAUCGGAAUCCGGCCGUCCUAGGUCUCGGCUUAGACUCCAUCAAGAUCCGGCCUAACUUUUUGCAAAUCCUCUAUGCCAUGUUGCGCUUAAGGGUACUCAGACUCUUCAGAAAUAUUCAAUUGCUGUACUUCACGAUUGUGAUGCCAUUGGCUUUGAUAGUGCUUGGUCUCUACCUGAACAGCAUUCAGACAGUUGACAUCAAAAUGCAAUCAUUGGAACUCAAUAGCCGUACAUAUAGCGAGGAAACCAAAAUUCUUUACAUGAAUAACACCGACUGUGACAUUACCGAAUUGAUGGACAGUAUAGCACGGAACAUCAACCACAUCGAGGAAUAUGAUGGCGAUUUUGCGAAUUUGCUCAACAUCGCACCUCAUAUGGCUGUUUUCAACAUUCAUGAUUAUAAUCUGCCGCGACUCAACCUGACCGUCAUUUACAAUGACACAAUGCAACAUUCCCUUCCGAUUUUGAUGAACAUUCUUUCGAACACUUACUAUAGACUGAUUUCAAGUAAGAAUGAUCCUACGCUGAUCGAAGUCAAAACACAUCCUUUCCAACAAACGUCACAACCUCAGGAGUUCAAUAUUGGUACAGCUAGCAGCGCUCUUUUUAUCGGUAUGGAUUUCGUAUUACUGCCGAUUACUUUAGCAGUGGACAUGGUUUACGAUCGAGAGAUAAAAGCGAAGAAUCAACUUCGUGUGAAUGGCCUGUCGUUUCCCAUGUAUUUCCUCAGUUAUUUCAUCGUAUUGGUCGGCCUCAUGCUUUUCAUCUGUCUAUGCAUCCUCGGUAUCAUAUUCCUCUUUGAUGUGCCUUCGCUGCAGGAGCCACCGGCGCUGAUCACUCUUGGCACUCUCCUCAUGUUUUACUGCCCUUCAUCCAUUCUCUUCUCGACCUGCCUUAGCUAUAUCUUUGAUAAGAUGGAUUCCGCGCAGAGCAUCCUGCCGAACAUAGCAACAUUCUUUGGAUUGAUACCGUUCAUUCUCGUCAUGAUUCUCGACAUGCUAGGACUCGGUGGGACAGCAGCAUUUGCAUUACAUGUGGUUUUUUCAUUGCUGAACACCAUGUAUGUACCGUACGCGGCAGUGUACUACGUAGACCGGGUCCAUCUCAUGUGCUCUAUCAAUGCCGCUUGUCAUCAUCUCACUAUGUCCGAUUAUCUUACGACGGAAAUUAUAUUGAUGGCUGUUGGCGUAUUGGUGCAUUGUCCACUCUGGUUCUUCGUAUUACUUUUACUGGAUAUAAAAAAAAGCGGUGGCAAUGUUAGCGAUUUCUUCAAAUACUUUCUGCGUAACGGUGGCUCCAUUGGUGAAGAGGUCAUGGAGAAUUCAGAUAUCGGCGAACACGAGGACGCGGAUGUGAAAAAUGAACGACUGAAGGUUUUUAAUCUUAUAUCUUCGUCAGCCACUCAGGAGCCACCUGUAGUGUUAGUUCAGAAUUUGCGAAAGGAAUAUCGGCAACGAGAGGUGGGGUCAUCCUGUGGUUGCUGUUCGAAGCGCGAGGACGAGGCUGUGCAGAAACAGCGGAAGGUUGCUGUGCGAAAUCUCUCGCUAACAGUGGAACCUGGCGAAGUUCUGGGUUUACUAGGUCAUAAUGGUGCUGGCAAAACCACAACCAUGAAAAUUAUCAUCGCUGAAGAAGCGGCAACCAAAGGUCGCGUGCAAUUAGGCGGUCACAACAUUACUACACACAUGGCGGAUGCAUUUCAACAAAUGGGCUACUGUCCACAGCACGAUGCCCAGUGGAAAAAUAUUACCGUGAGGGAGCAUCUAGAAUGCUACGCCGCGAUUCGCGGCGUUCCGCGAAGCGACAUCAACAGAAUCGUGGAUUUAUAUUUGUCCGGUCUACAAAUUCACGAACAUGCCGAUAAACAGACGCAAGAAUGUUCAGGUGGGACUAGAAGAAAACUUAGUUUUGCGAUGGCUAUGGUAGGAGGGCCUAAAGUGGUCCUUAUGGACGAACCAAGCACAGGCAUGGAUCCUAGAUCGAAGAGAUUUCUAUGGGAUACAAUCCUCGCUAGUUUCCAGGGUGGCAGAGGAGCUAUCUUAACCACCCAUUCUAUGGAGGAAGCUGAUGCAUUGUGUUCAAGAGUCGGCAUAAUGGUGAAAGGUGAACUGAGAUGUAUUGGUUCGACUCAACAUCUGAAAAAUCUUUAUGGCGCUGGUUAUACUCUCGAGAUGAAGCUGUUGGGUGGUGACUGUACGCCAACGACUCCCUCCGGUGACAGGAUCACCGGCCUGAAGGAAUUCGUUGCCAGUCUCUUUCCGGACGCCACCUUGGAGGAGAGCUUUGCCGAUCGGCUGGUUUUCGCCGUGCCGCAACAUGCCGUGAACUCGCUGGCCGAGUGUUUCAUGCAGUUGGAGAAAGCUAAGCUCGAACUGGACAUAGAAGAGUAUAGCUUUAGUCAAACUACUUUGGAGCAAGUAUUUCUCAAGUUUUCGCACUAUGACGAGGGCAAUUCCAUAGAAUGAUGAUUUACAGUGCUAAUGUGCCGUCAUUACGUGAUAACUGGUGAUAAACUCGCGAUUAGUGCGUGUGAGAAAACUUUUGUUUGCAGGAAUAAACGGAUAAAGAAGUGCGCUCGAAGAACGGACGUUUUUAGUUACUCAGUUUGAGAAUUUGUAGAGCAAUUUCCGCCUUUCUCACUAACGAACUGUACGACCGCGCCAUGAUAAAAUGCCUCCUUGUUUUAGGAUAUUGCGGAUAGAACGAUGAACAUAACGAUUAGCCAACGGUUCUAGUGUUAUAUUUCGAAGGAAUAUCAAAAUGACACAUCGUCUCGUGCCUUUACAUCCUUGGAGGUGCAAUGAAAAAAAACGACGGAACGAUGAUAUAAGCGAAGAGAAGUCCGUAGUUUUAAUUCGAAUUUAUUUCGAAGUGUUGCAUCAAAGUGACGAAUCGUUCGUUCAAAAGUUUGAUGAAAAAUGCAAAAACCAGUCGGAACCAUAAAAGACAUUAUCUGAAUAAUUAUUUAAUUACUUUAAAGUAUUGAAAAUAUAAUUAGUGAAUUAUAGACCAAAGGAAAAGUAAAAAGAGAUUAGACGUAAAUGAUUGUGUUGCUUAAAAAACUAAAGUAAAAUAAGCCAUUUUAUAACAUCAGACUCUUAAAGGAAAAACUAGUCAAGUAUACCGCAACGGAGGAAUAACGAAUCAACGGGCUCGGCAUGUUAAGUUCAAUUGCGCAAUAUUAUAAUGAAAGAAAAAAAAAAAAUUAAAAAUGAAGCAAGUAGUUGUAUCACAGUCUAGACUUGCAAUUUGCAAGAGUAAUUGAAAUAACAAGUCGCUUUGUAGCUUCAAAUUGUUGGAAGGAACGAUCAAUUAAUGAGAGGACAAUUAACUAUUAGUCUUAGCAGCUCUGAAGGAGUAGUAAGCCACAAAUCGACUUGUAGCUUUAAUGAGAAAACGGCUAUUAGAUAGCAAAUUAUAACUUCGGGGAAGUAUCAAGAGGAUGUGGCUCUCAUAAAAUUAUUGUCUCAAUGUAAAAGAGAUGUCCAACAAAAGAUGAAGAUAAGGGAACAGAAGAAUAGCUUAUUCUAGCUUUGAAGAAACGUGAUGGCGAGUCAAUCUAGGUCGAAGAGGCGAUUAUUAAACGUUGGAACAAUAAAGUUAACUCUCCAGGUAGUGCUUCGAAGAAGUGUUGAGGUAAUGACAGAUCACUUUUGAGCUGCUACAAGAACAUUGAUCAAUAGUAUAAUGGAACAAUUAGAAACAAAUAGGAAUCUAAUAGCAGCGUUGUGCUUUGAAAAGAUAUUAAAACGGCGAAGACUAACGAGUGACAAAGAAAAAACAGUGAUAUUAUUCUUCAUACUAAUGGAACGCGUACACAGAGUGUCCCUCGUGAAAGAACACUCUCUCUACCAAAAUUUUAUGUAUUUACUUUGUAAAUAGCCUCGCGGAUACAUGUCGUGGGGAAUUAUAAUCGAGCACAAGUUUUAUUUUAGCGGCAAAAUAAGUCGCCUGGGAUUUAUUGCCUGACAUUUGUUCUACGACAUUCUCAUUUAACAUCUAUUUCUCUCAGUGAUAUUGUUUUAUUAUAAAGGAAUGUUCGAGAGAAAUUUAUUGAUAUUACUAGGUGUGUGGAAAUUAUUUUAUUAUAUUAUAUAUAAUUAUUUUACGACUCUUCUUUACAAAAAUCAAACUUUAUUUACAGAAAAAAUAUUAGAAUUGUUAAAAUAUUCUUCUUGAAAUUUCCGAUAUCAUUUUUCUUUGAGUUGAAUAUGAUUAAUUGUGUUUUUGCUAACUACCAAACGAAUCAUUAACUUCAGUAGCUUUAGUAGCAAUUUUUUUGUUGGAAAACGAAUAAAAUAAAAUGUCUAAUAUGAGCUUUUUAUUGGCAGCUAUUAUGUACAAUAAUAUUUUUUAAAUUAUGUUCUGUAUAGGUCUGUUAUAUUAUUAUUCAAGCAUAAGAGUUCUUCGCGGAAAAAUGUUAAAAUUUUAAAUAGUUAUUAAAAUCUGUUAAAUCUCAAAACAGCAAAUUAGUUUACACACCUAAUACUAUCAGUAUUGCGGGAAUGAAUAUCGGGUGCAAACACAACAUUACGCGAGAAAUAAACAUACUUGUAACAUAAUAUUAUAACGUUAUGUAUUGGUAGCCCACUCCAUAUUUAAAGAUUUAAUGAUAAUAGAUAUCGUACUGAUAUUGCACUGGAAUUGGAACAUGUAUUCCGUUGUUCUCGAGUAAGAGAACUUGUUCACGGCACUCACAAAUCGAUAAAUCGGUUUGAAAAGGCGGCGACGCGUAAACUUUCUUUUAGACAUAAUAUGUUUCUAAAAGUUUAUUUAAAAAUUUAUAGUUUAAAUAAAUAGUUUAAAGAAAUUUGUUUCCUUUACUCUAUAAUAAAUUCUUUAUUCUACAAUAAAAUUUAACAAUUUAGUAUCUUAAUAUAAAAUACUUAUGUUGAUCUUAUAUUAAGAGUGACAAAUAACAGUAAUACUAACUUGAUCUUGAGUGUCAUUUUCAAGAUUGAAGCUCCCAAUUAAUUAAAAAAAUAGAAUAAUAUAUACUUGUUUAUAUUUCUGCAUAAAUAAUAUCGAGAUCUUUUCAAAACGCUAUUUGUUUGCUUCUAUUUUAAUUCGUUACAAAUCUAUGAUUUUCCAAAGCAAGUAAAAAGAUUUUUAUAGCAAGUAACCUGUGGUUAACGUUAAGCUCAAGCUCAAUGACGUGGACUUGAGCACUCUAGACGUAAAAGACAAGCAAAUAGCAAACAAGUACCCCAAAAAGAAUCAAAUAUAACCGAUAAUAAAUACUUUCUAAAUUAGAUUGUAAAUUUAAUAUUAAUAGCUGUAUUUCCAUCUUGUUAUAAAAUUGGAAAACUAGACUUGUGUUUUCAAAUUGUCCAUUUUUAAGCCGAUUUGUCGAAGUACCAUCAAUGUGAGUCUUGUUGAGCUAUUCUGAAUACAAGUAAUGAGAAGUGUUUGAGAAGUAACUUUUACCACAGUAACAGUCUUGUUACGAAUAUACAGAUCUCUUUAUUUUCUGUAUUUUUCUUUAUCUUAUAGGGAUAAUUAAAUGAAUAAAAAAUAUUACAAUCAAUAUUAAUCAAUAAAUUUUGGGAUAUCUGAAGGAAUCUUCAUUAUUUUGUGAUGUGCUGUCCUAAAUGCACCAAUUUUAGAUAAUUUAAAAAAAAAUAACUAAAUUUGACUUAAUUAGUAAAUUUUAAAUUUUCUCCGUAUAAAAACUACUGUAUAUGUACUGUAUAUUUAUAUUUUCUUAAUUCUUAAAUCUUUAUUGUUUUUAACAGAAAUCGUAAAAUAUGUGUCUAAACAUACACACAACGAUAAAAAUAUAUUUUAAGUUUAAUAUUCAUAAUUUAAUUAAUUCAAUAAUAUAUUACCUUAUCAUGCAAAUGAAAAAUAACAGUCGGCAUUUCUUGACAUCUGUAAUUAUCUCGUUUUUGCGUAAUAAGAUAACAUUUUAUUGUUAGAGAUAUGAUCUGACACAAUAAUAUUUCUUAUAUCAUGUGACUCUUUCAACAAUUUUCGACAAUAGUCGAAGCAUUGAUGCUUCUCGAUUUCGGUUAUUGAGUCUGUUUAGUCUGUUCUGAAAAGAUUGUUUUUAUGUAUGUGUGUGUGUAUUAACUAACUUUAAUUAUUUAUUAGAAUAUAAACAUUUAAACAUUGUUUUAUCUCAAAAUGAUAAUAGCAAAAAAUGCAUGAGCUUCUAUUAUUUUUAUCCAUACAUGUGCAAUUUGCACAUAUGUGAUCAUCCUAUAUUUGUCACUUGCGCGUUUUGUAUUUGGCUUUGUGUAAUGCGUGCUGGCUUUUCGCGCAACAUGAGUUAAUGUAGAUUGUAGAUUAUAAAUUAUAGAGAAAGCCAGAGGUCUAGGAAUGGAAAACAUUAAGAAAUUUAGAUUUUAGGUUUUAAUAAUCGAAAUCGUAAGGCAUUAUAAUGCUCAAUUAUACGAUCAUAUCUUUAGUAAUAAAGCAUCAUAUUGCUUCUCAAACGUUUCUCGAAUAAUUUUCAUACAUAUAUUUAGGAGUACCUCAAAAAGAGCGAUGGUUCUAACAGGCGGGAAACGCAACGAUAAACGGCUAUAUUUUCGAGCGGAUAAAACAAUUAUAGAAGAUUUUACUUGUGUGAUAAAAAUUGUACGGACUCUCUUUGAAUGUUAAACAUCGAUCGAAUUAUACAGCGAACAACCUUGAGAGAAGAACAGCCACAAUUGAAAAUAUUAAUAUUAUGGAUUUAACUCUUUGCACAUAGCAAAUGCAUUUUAGAUUACAUUAUUACCUUUACCAAA